AUGAGUAAAUCAGCACCCAAUCCAACAGCUCACGCCAACCCAGAAGAACCCAGCCCAUCACAAGAAGCUAUCCGAGAAGGUGGAUAUGGCUGGGUCUGCGUGGCAUGCGUGUUUCUCAUGAAUGCCCACACAUGGGGUAUCAAUGCCGCAUACGGAGUAUUCCUCUCAUACUAUCUCUCCAGCGACAUGCUACCUGGUACAUCAUCUCUAGAGUACGCUUUUGUUGGAGGGCUGAGCAUAGGCUGUGCAAUGAUCAUCGCACCUCUCGCAACUUAUCUCGCCCACCAAAUAUCACCUCGCUUCGUUCUGAACCUCGGCACCAUAUUGGAAACAAUAUCCCUGAUUACCACGUCAUUUGUCAAAACCGAUUGGCAGCUGUUUCUCUCACAGGGCAUUUGCUUUGGAUUUGGUAUGGGGCUAUGCUUCUGUGGCUCUGUGGGAAUUCCUUCACAUUGGUUCAAAAGAAUGCGCAGCUUGGUUAAUGGGAUCGCUGCUGCUGGCUCCGGGGUUGGUGGACUUGUCUAUUCGCUUGCUGUUGGGAAGAUGAUACCCGAGCUUGGAUUUCCUUGGGCAAUGCGUAUACUGGGAAUUCUGUGUUUUGGUGUGAAUAUCAUAUGUGCUAAUCUCCUUCGUGUCCCUCCAAAUUCACCGGCUGCAUUGAAUAGCGGGACAUUCCGGCUAUCUCUCUUGGGUAGACUGGAUUUUGUCUUAUUGUUAGGCUGGGCUUUCUUAGGCAGUUUGGGGUAUGUGUGUCUGCUGUUCAGUUUGCCCAGCUAUUCAGUUGCCAUUGGUCUCACCCAGAAACAAGGCAGUCGGGCAGGCGCGCUGCUCAGUCUGGGUCAGGCCUUUGGACGUCCAGUUGUUGGGCUCUUGAGUGAUCACCUUGGCCGAGUCAAUGUUGCUUUUGCUUCUUCGCUAGCCUCGGGAUUGCUGUCGUUGGUACUCUGGAUCUUUGCAGGUUCCGUGGGGUUGACAUACUUCUUUGCUGUAGCUGUUGGUUUGUUCGCCGGUACAUUCUUAGCGGCUGCUGCACCUCUUACUGCUGAAGUCGUUGGUCUGGAGGAUUUAGGGGCUGGCCUUGGUAUCUUUUGGCUUUCACUUGGGCCACCCACGGCCGUGGCUGAGGUUAUUGCGUUGCAACUUCGGGAUAGUCCUAGUGAGCCGAAACCAUACCUGCGGAUCCAAAUCUUUGUUGGACUCAUGUACAUAGGUUCGGCUGCUUCCUUGGCUGGACUGUGGUUUGAAAUGCGGAGGAAGAAAGUUUCCCGGGGUGGGAAGAUCUAA